AUGGCUCCAAAAGGCUCAGCCAAGAUAGCGAAGUACCUAGCCAUGAACUACCACAACAUCGAGCAACGAGCCGAAAGCAACCCAGGUGUAGUCGUGUACUCUGGCUUGUUGACUGGCGCGAUCAUCUUUGGCGCGAUCGUUCUUGGGAUUAUGCUCCUAUAUCCUCGCCAGCGUCAGCAGGACUGCGCACCCCUGACUUUGGACCCUCGUUCGACUCACCCGCCGCUGGCAGACGUGCUCGUCCGUCGGAACACGCCGAAGAAGCUGCCUAGCCUGCCUCCAUCCGCUAGAACGGGCGAAGUUGGUAAGAUUUCUCGUGAGCAUGAUAGCGAUUCGUCGGGCUCGCUCGAAGAUGUCGACCUCAGUUAG